UGCUGAGCUGAAACGAAGAAACUCGUAGGAGCAUGAAGUGUCUGAACAACCGGGCUGAGAGCCACCUGACGGGUCAGGUAGAGUCUCAGGUGGACAGCUUGGUGAACGGAGGGGGCUGGGUCAACCACGGCUACCGUGGGUCCCCUCCACCAAUCCCCCGUGUGGUCAGCACCAUCUACAGUCCACAGUCCCACUUUCAGGGCUCUGUGGACAGCGUCUACAAACUGGACACCCCGGGCCGGAUCACAGAGGAGGCCCCCUCCUCCUCUUCAGACCAAGUUUCAAAGAAGAAGAGCUGCUGCUCUUUUAUUAAAGGGUUAUGGGGUACAGCAUGGACCGAAAACACCUUGAACAACCGGGAGAAGUAUAUCCAGACCACCCUGCGGGAGUUACUGGUCUACACGUUGUUCCUGGUAGACGUUUGCCUCUUGACGUACGGCAUGACGAGCACGAGCGCCUAUUAUUUCACCAAUGCCAUGACGAACCUGUUCGUGAAUACAGCCGGUGUGAGUGGAGUUACGUUUCAGUCCAUUGGCACCAUGGACGACUUCUGGACCUAUGCCCAGGGUCCUUUACUAGACGGCCUUUACUGGACCAGAUGGUACAACAACGAGUCCCUGGACAGCGGAGACCAGUCGUUCAUCUACUAUGAGAAUAUGUUGCUGGGUGUUCCCAGGAUAAGGCAGAUCAAGAUCAAGAACAACUCCUGCCAGGUCCAUCAAGACUUUAAGAAUGAGAUCAGUGGAUGUUUUGAUGUCUACAAUGAAAAGAAAGAGGAUGACCUCAGUUUUGGUCUCAUCAAUGGGACUGCCUGGACCUACCACACAGAAAAAGAUAUCAAAGGUUCCUCCUACUGGGGACUGUUGACCACUUAUAGUGGAGCAGGAUACUAUCAAGACCUAAAUCGGACAAAAGAGGUGAGCGCCAACGUCCUGACUGAACUGAUGGACAACGUCUGGCUGGAUCGAGGAACCCGGGUCGUCUUCAUUGAUUUCUCCACAUACAACGCAAAUGUCAACUUGUUCUGUGUCAUCAGGUUGGUGGUUGAAUUUCCAGCAACUGGUGGAGCGAUCCCGUCCUACCAGAUCAGAACAGUGAAACUGAUUCGUUACAUUACCACCUGGGAUUAUUUUAUCCUCGGCUGUGAACUGGUCUUCUGUGUAUUCAUCUUCUACUAUGUUGUAGAAGAAAUUUUAGAGCUACAGAUACACAAGUUCGCCUAUUUUAAAAGCAUUUGGAACAUUCUGGAUAUUGUCGUCAUUUUGCUUGCAAUUGUUGCUAUAAUCUUUAAUAUUUUCAGAACUGUCAAAGUGGACAACUUGCUUGGCAAGCUAUUAGAACAACCUGGAAUCUAUGCUGAUUUUGAGUUUCUGGCUUUCUGGCAAACCCAGUAUAACAACAUGAAUGCAGUGAACUUAUUUUUUGCCUGGAUCAAGAUUUUUAAGUACAUCAGUUUCAACAAAACGAUGACGCAACUGUCCUCCACGCUGGGACGAUGCGCCAAAGACAUCUUGGGGUUUGCCAUCAUGUUCUUCAUUGUUUUCUUCGCCUACGCUCAGCUCGGAUAUUUAAUCUUUGGAAUGGAGGUGGACUCCUUCAGUACCUUUGUAAAGUGCAUAUUUACACAGUUCCGAAUCAUCCUCGGAGACUUUGAUUACAACGCCAUCGAUCGUGCAAACCGAGUUCUUGGGCCCAUCUACUUCGUCACCUACGUGUUCUUUGUUUUCUUUGUUCUGCUGAACAUGUUUCUGGCGAUUAUAAAUGACACGUAUUCAGAGGUGAAGGAGGAACUGUCGUCCCAAAAAGACGAGCUGCAGAUUACUGACAUCAUCAAGCAGAGCUACAUGAGGACGUUCACAAAGCUGAAGCUAAAAAAAGAAAAAAUAUCAGACGUUCAGAAAGCUCUUCAGUCCGGAUCCGGAGAAAUCGAGUUCAAGGACUUCAGAGAAACUCUGAAAGAGAUGGGACACGCCGAUCAUGAAAUAUCUGCCGCUUUCUCGCAGUUCGACCGCGACGGGAACCAGAUUCUAGACGCAAAGGAACAGGAGAGGAUGAAGAUGGAGCUGGAGGAAAAAAGGGAUGCUCUCAACACGGAGCUGAACAAUCUUGGAAAAAAUUACGAGGAAAAGUUGCUGGAAAAGUCUCCCGUUGCACCGAACGAGCAAAGAACGACGCCCUCGAGUCGAGUCUUUGUGGAUCGGGAACAGUUUCUGAGACUGACCAGACAGGUUCUCCAAAUGGAAAACUCUGUAACCGGCAUCACAGCAAAGGUUGAUCUGAUCAUGGAAAAACUAAAACUGCAAGAAAACUCUGAAAAGAACACGACUAAUGAUGAUAAAUCCUCCUGUGGCGGUCCGGUCCUGGAUCGUGCUGACAGAACCAAAGCCGUACGGUCAUCCAGAAAAACCGUGGACCGCGCAGACCGCACGUUCAACUCCCACAUGUGAAGCGCCUCAGUGAAACACUUAGAAUCAGACGAGAUGCCGACAAA